UGCCAGGUUCUUCUGUCUUCUGCACCUGCUGGGAUCACUGCAUCUCUGGUGUGCCCAGGGAAGGCAGAAAGAUGCCCGUGUACAUCCGGAAGCAUCCCCUGGAGAUUCCUCCCCCAUCGGAAAGGGACUGGAUAAAGGAGGAGGAGGAAGGUUUCUUCCCGCAGGAUCCCGAUCGAGCGCUUGCCGCGUUGCCGCAGCCGGCCAGGAUGAUCAGCAAACUGGUGAUGCUGGUUUUUGAGAAUGCUAUGGAGAUCGUCGAAAGAAGAGAGGCGCUCCAAGAAGCACAAAAAGGCAAAGUCCAGGCCACAAAAUGCUCUCCCACAGCCGAAUUCCAGGUGACAGGAAGAGCCAGCUGCCUUGCAGCCUCUGGAAAAUACAUCUUUGUUGGACUGUCCAUGGGUCUGGCUGUCUUCCAGGUGUCUGACUGUAAGCAAAUCUGUGCUUGGGAUACAGCCAAGACAGAGAUUUGUGUCAUCCGUGCCUCGGCCUUAGGGGAUGAGCACCAUGUCCUGCUUGCUGUGGAUGAGCUGGGGUUUGUUUGGCUCUUCUGCUUUCACAAGGACAGCUUCCUAUUCAUUAAAAACUUAAAUGAGGUGGAGGAUAUCAGCAAGCGAAGUACUUGCAUGGAGGUGGUGCUUUCCCAGGGAGGUGAUUACGCCGGAGUCCUGCUGCAAGGCAGCACAGAAGCUUGGCUGGACAUCUACCGAUUGCCUAAGGAUUCCUGGCUGAAGGAGAGAGAAAACAGYCCAGGAGCUGCAGCAGGGUUGGCUUUCAGAGACAGAAAGUCAAGCCAGGGAUCUACGGAAUCUCUUCUGUCUAUAAGCAAAACUGAUGCAAAGCUGGGUCUCCCAGUGUUGCUGCUGAAAGUCAAGCCACCAAAACCUAUUACAGGAAGCARCUUUAAAAGCCCUUUGGAUGCCUUGAUGAAAGUGGAUGAUGGCAGCGUAUUUGGCUUGGGGCACAAUCACCUGAUCAAGGAUUCCCAGUGGGAGCAGCGGGAAGCAAUCUUCCGGAACACUUAUCAGGAGUACCUGGAGGCUGAGAGUGAGAGCAAGGAUGAGAUCUCCAGGCAUGCUACCUUGCAUUUUCUCCUGCCGAGUCGGAUCCUACAGGUGGGACCUGAAAUAAAACUACAGCCAGCUGUACCAGCUGGCAUCAGUGUGCACUGGGAUGGAAGCCACAAUCUCUGCUUAUAUUUGCUUAACCGUCCAUUCAAGGAGAAAGUGGAUGCUGAUCCGAAGCCUGAAGUUGUGUGGCCAUGUGCGGCUCCAAUCGCAUGCUCAGCUGUCAGCUCCUGCUGCAGGUAYCUGGCACUGGCAUGUGAAGAUGCAGCAAUAACUAUUUGGGAUCAACACCUAGGAUACCCAUUGAGUGUGACUGCCCUUCCAGACGAGCAUGYCAUCCGCAGUAUGCACUUCCUGCGGAGCGCUGCAACUGCCGGUGACCUUACCAGACACCAGGCACCUUACCCUGGCCCAGAUCCUGCCCAUCCUGUUGUGCAGCUUCUCGUGCUGUGUACGGAUGGGUCCCUCUACUUGGUGAAAGCUCCUCGGGCUGGAAAGUCCAGCAUCACAGUCCUGGCAGACAGGCCUGAGGAUCCAAAGCUCGCCAUCAGCACCGUGGCUCCUAUCCUGGCCUUCCCCAGCACAGCCCUGGUCUUCUCCUGGGAUGGCAYAGUGUCCCUGAUGGACACUGCCACAUCACGUACUAUUUGCUACUUCAAUAUCCCACCUUCCUAUGCUGUAGCAUCCCCCUGGCAACCAGUGUUCACCAUGGAUCCUGAAGAUCAGUGGCUCAUCCUUCAAGGAGAUAAGCAGCAGGCAGGUGUASUGGCACAGAGCACAGCAAGUCACAGCUCCAUCUUCAUUUUUGACUUCAACUCCUACCUGCUACAGGAGUCUUUUCCAAGGGAACUGGAUUUGCCUGAUAAACCCUUACAAGACCUGCCAUGGAUUGAGAGAUGUAAUAUUUUCUUCCGUGAUUGGCAGCAGAGCCUGCAGGGACUUGGGGAGCAGAUGCCUGAGUAUUGGAGCCGACUUCAAGCACGUGCAGCUGCCAUGGACAGAAAGAGAGAGAGAGAAAAAGAAAGAAAAAGUGAGGGGACAGUAGAAGCCGUAGCCAGUCUUGCAUCUCAGGGGUAGGCUCUUUAUUUUAACAGUCCUGCAGACCAGUAGCCCAGGAYUGACAUUUGAACACCAGCUCUGUGUACGUCCUGCUGCUUUCCAGCCUGGAGCAACUUGUCAUCUGGCAGUCAGUCCCCUGCCUGCUACUCACACCUGCUGCUUUGCAAUAGGAUCUGUGCCCUGCUUUUCUUAGCUAACCCUCAGCCAGUUCCAGCAGG